CGCGGCGCGCCCUCUCCGGGGCGGAUGGAACGCGGCUUGGUGGGCGGGCAGUGCCGGUGUCCGCGGCUGGAAUGGUGCUGGCGGCGGCGGUCGGUGCCUGCGUUCUGAAGCCCGAGAGGAGCCACAAUGGAGACGCCGCCGCUGCCUCCCGCAUGCACAAAGCAGAGUCAUCAGAAGCCUCUCGAUUCAAAAGAUGAUAAUACCGAAAAACACUGCCCAGUGACAGUGAAUCCUUGGCACAUGAAGAAAGCUUUUAAAGUCAUGAACGAAUUAAGAAGGGACCCUGUUCUAAUGGAUGACAGUUUUAUUAAUCAGAAUUUGCUGUGCGAUGUCACAAUUGUGGCCGAAGACAUGGAAAUCUCUGCUCAUAGAGUGGUGCUGGCUGCCUGUAGUCCUUAUUUUCACGCCAUGUUUACAGGUGAGAUGAGUGAGAGCCGAGCAAAGAGAGUUCGAAUAAAAGAGGUCGAUGGCUGGACCCUGAGGAUGCUCAUUGAUUAUGUUUACACUGCAGAAAUUCAGGUCACAGAAGAAAAUGUACAGGUACUUCUUCCAGCAGCUGGCCUGUUACAGUUACAGGAUGUAAAGAAGACUUGCUGUGAAUUUUUGGAAUCCCAGCUACACCCUGUCAACUGCUUAGGAAUCCGGGCUUUUGCUGAUAUGCACGCAUGCACAGACCUCCUUAACAAGGCCAACACCUAUGCAGAACAACAUUUUGCAGAUGUCGUACUCAGUGAAGAGUUCCUGAAUCUUGGCAUAGAACAAGUAUGCAGCUUAAUCUCAAGCGACAAACUUACCAUUUCCUCAGAAGAGAAGGUGUUUGAAGCAGUAAUAGCUUGGGUGAACCACGACAAGGAUGUAAGGCAAGAGUUUAUGGCUCGGCUAAUGGAACAUGUACGGUUACCUCUGCUUCCUCGGGAAUAUUUAGUUCAGAGGGUUGAAGAGGAAGCCUUGGUCAAGAACAGCAGUGCCUGCAAAGAUUACCUCAUUGAAGCGAUGAAGUAUCAUUUGCUACCAACAGAGCAGCGUGUGUUAAUGAAGAGUGUCCGGACGCGACUGAGGACACCCAUGAACCUUCCCAAAUUGAUGGUGGUGGUUGGAGGCCAAGCCCCAAAGGCUAUCCGAAGUGUGGAAUGCUACGACUUUAAAGAAGAACGAUGGCACCAAGUAGCAGAAUUACCUUCCAGGAGGUGCAGGGCAGGGAUGGUGUACAUGGCUGGGCUUGUUUUUGCUGUUGGUGGCUUUAAUGGGUCAUUAAGAGUCCGCACUGUAGACUCCUAUGACCCUGUGAAGGAUCAGUGGACCAGUGUUGCUAACAUGCGAGACCGGAGAAGCACUUUGGGAGCCGCUGUGUUAAAUGGAUUAUUGUAUGCUGUGGGAGGUUUUGAUGGGAGUACAGGUCUCUCAUCUGUGGAGGCAUAUAACAUAAAGUCUAAUGAGUGGUUUCAUGUAGCACCAAUGAACACAAGGAGGAGCAGUGUUGGCGUAGGGGUUGUUGGAGGUCUGCUGUAUGCUGUCGGGGGUUAUGAUGGAGCUUCACGUCAGUGUCUCAGCACGGUAGAAUGCUAUAAUGCUACAACAAACGAGUGGAACUAUAUAGCGGAAAUGAGCACCAGACGGAGUGGAGCAGGUGUUGGUGUGUUAAACAACUUAUUGUAUGCCGUAGGAGGUCAUGAUGGUCCUUUAGUACGAAAAAGUGUUGAAGUUUAUGAUCCCACCACCAAUGGAUGGAGGCAGGUAGCAGAUAUGAACAUGUGUAGAAGAAAUGCAGGAGUUUGUGCAGUUAAUGGUCUGUUAUAUGUAGUUGGAGGGGAUGAUGGCUCCUGUAACUUGGCAUCAGUGGAGUAUUAUAACCCAACAACUGAUAAAUGGACAGUCGUGUCAUCUUGUAUGAGCACAGGCAGAAGCUAUGCAGGGGUCACAGUUAUUGAUAAACCAUUAUGAGCCUGAAGGACAUUUUCAGCGUAUUCAUACAGGAGAAAGAGUCUUCAGCAAGUAUUUCAGAAGUGACUGAGAAUCUAGCACUUCUCCACUUGUAGCUGCACUUUAAGUCUCAGCAGAGGAUAAGAUCGUCUGCCUUUAUAGGCCUCGGAUACUGAAGAUUAUUUUUGGUAGAAGCACCGUGUAGGCUUUUUCUGCAAUGAGCAGCAGCUGACUGAAUUUUAAUAAGAAACCUGGACUGCAGCACUGACUCUGUAGUCUUUAGACAACAGUUGCUUCCUAAAGACUGGUUCUUACCAACCUUGAAUGACUGUGGACUAUUUUGUGAAGGAGAAUAAAGUAAUGUGUGUUCUUGUAAAAUUAAAUUUUAUCUUUAUUCCUGCUCCUGAAAACCUGUAUACCCAAGAACCGAAAAUCUUGGGACAGGUGUUAAAAUCUAUGUAAGUAUACAAACUAAUUGAGGGAUAAAACUGUCUGCUUUUAUAAAACAUAUUUGAUUACAUGAGUAUCAUAAAUUGUGUGCAUAUAGUGUGUGUCUAUAUGCUUUCCUUUAAGUAUGUUUGAAAAGAUGUUUGAAACUUGAUUAUACUGUUAAUAAUUGGCACAGUACUUGAAUUAUGCCAGUACUACAUUGUAAAACAGAGUUGUAUUUUUUGAUAUUUAACAAUGCUUAACACUUUAAAAUGCCACUUCUAAGGAAUGAACAUGGUGUAACACACUUGAAUAUGUGUGAUGCCAAACUUUUUAGAAUAAAAUAUAAAUUAUGCUUAUUUAUUAUUUUGUUUAAUCUUGGUCAUGUUUUGGUGUGUAUUUUUAAUUUUUUUUUCUUCAAAGUGACACAUUGGCAUGAACAUUACUUCAGGUUUUUGAUAAAUAUAUGAAUGUGUGGAGUUCAGUUAAUUUGCAUGGUUUUAAGAAUUUUUUCUGUGUGUACAAAUUUAGCUGGUAUUAAAGAAGAGAGAACUUUCUGAGUAGCCAUGUGCAUUGAUCAGAUGUAAUUUCCCUGAGAUCUUCAAUUAAUUCUCACUUUUAAAAUGACCAGAACAUGUCUUUCUUGAAUUAUCUUUGAAUAAAAAUUUGUAUAUUAUUUGUUUCACAAACUUCUUGAUUUUUAUCUUUUUAAUUUGCUGUCAAGAAAGUUACCUGGUUAGUUUUUCUGUUCUUUUGUAAUAUUUGUGUUUCCAGCUUCACAAAUCUAUAGUUUUAAUUUGUUACUGAAGGAACCUUUAAAAUAAGGCUGUUAAAUCAAUAAUUGAAAUCACUGAAAAUUUUUCUUUGAGAAAGGGGUUGAGGAAAAGUCUCCCAAGGGUCGAUGAAACUCAAAGAUUUUGUAUUCCUUGGUCCGUAAUAUGGUUUGGCAGGACACCAAGAAAGAUAAAACAGAUAGCAAUGAACUAAAAAGAAAGUCAUAGAAAAAAAUAUCUACUCUAUGCUGAGAGAUAAAUUUUGGUACCAGGUAAAGAGAUCAAGGAAAUAUGGGAGAAAGAGGAGCGGGGUGAAGAGUCGAUGUUCAGGACACAGAAAAGGCAGGAUGUGAUGGGGUAUUCCAACUGUUCAUCAGAAGAGGAAUUUAAAAGGUUAAACACAGAACUGUACUUAAUACUUAGUUCAACUUUCUGUUGUAAGUGGAAAUACAAAGAAUUUAAUCAAAAAAGUGUUACCAUGUGUGGCAGACACAUGAGGCAGUUAGAUGAAUGAGUAAGGUCACCGUGAACCUUAACAAGAGGGACAACUCCCUCAAGAGGGUACUUCCCUAAGGAGCUGCUAGAUGAUUAAAACAAGUAAAAGAGCCAAUUUGAGCAAAGGUGUGGAGGAAACACCAGCAGAAACUUCAAAGGACCUUCACCCUCAAAUGGGGCACUUGUGCGAAUCUGCACAAUUUCUUUAAUUGAAAGAUGAAGUUAGUAUAUUAUUAAACCCUCUGAACCCCUGUACACAGUAGUUUAGUGUUGAGAGACGGCGUGGCGUGAGAUGAGGCUAGAUAGGGAUAAAAGUGGGUCAACUCUUGCCCGACCCGAUCUCAGAGCUCACUGUUCUCACUGUCCAGCACAGUGACAGCAGCAACUGGAAGGUCUCUAGGCCCAUGUGCUGGGUUAGGCCAGUGCCUUAACACCCACAGUGGAGCAUGUUUAAGGGCUUUGAGGUCAGUGCUGUCACCUCCCAAAUGUUGACAUAGUUUUAGAAAAAAAUAAGACUUUUAACAGCCCAGUUACAUGGGUACUGGAAACCAUGGUGAGGAGAAGAGUGCUGUGUAAUUGGCGUGAGAGCCUCCAGUCUGGUGAAUGCCAGUGGGAGGUGAGGGGGCACUGCUGUUUAAUUGGUAUGAAUCUCCAGUCAGGUGAGUUUGGGUGGUAGAUGAGGGAAGGGCUGUGAUGUAAUUGGUGUGAGAGAAAUUCCAGUCAGUUGAAUGCAUGUGGGAGGUGAGAGGGGGACUGCUGGGUAGUUGGUGUGAGAGAUCCUUCAGUCAGGUGAGUGUGGGAUGACUGCUGUGUUCUUGGUAUGAGAGGCUCUUGGUAUGAGAGGCUGCCCAAUCAGAUGAGUGUGGGUGGCACAUGAUGGGGGGACUGCUGUGAAAUUGGUGUGAGAGUUUCCUGUCAGGUGAAUGCAGGUGGGAGGUGAGAGGGUGGAGAACAGCUGUGUAAUUGGUGUGAAACAGUCUCCAGUCAGGUUAGUAUGGGUGAGAGGCAAAGGACGGGGUGGACUGUUGUGUAAUUGGUAUGAAAGAGUCUCCAAUCAGGUUAGUACAGGUGAGAGGUAGAGGGAGGGGGAACUGCUAUGUAAUUGGUGUGAGAUAUUCCCCAGUCAGGUUAGUGUGGGUAAGGGGGGCAGAUGAUAGAUGGGAAAGAAAUGGAUGAAAAGAGCUAAAAUGCUUAAGUAAUGGAACUGGAUCCUUUAAGAGUUUACAAUCAUCAGGAGAAGGGAUAUAUUAGAAGGUAGUCACAGCACAGUGUGAUAGAAUCAUGAAAGUUUUACAAAAACAAGCACUUCAGGGAAGAUAAGGUCAUUUUUCUAUUUGCAUUGGGGGGAGUGGGGUCGAGAAGGACCUCUGAGAGAAGGUUGCUGAAGGAUGAAUAAGAGUUGGGUCGAAGGACAUGACCAGUGAGGGAAAGCUGUUUUCAUUGUCAGAGAUAGCUAAAGCAGCAGGAACAAUGAGUGGUCAGAUAUUGUGAGAAUAUGAAGUGCAGAGUGACAAGUGGUGGGAAGUCUGGCAAGACCUUUUGUGCGUCCUGGAGGAGCUUAGUAUUUAGGGGAAAUGCCCCCACAGCUGUUUAGAUAGAUUCUGGCCUUUCUUCCUAGAGAUAAGGUUUGAGAAAUGCAAGGCAACUUCUGCAGAUGAGGGAACUUGUGCAAUCUGGACUUCAUUGUUCUUCUUGUUAGGUGCUAUUGAGUUGAUUCCUACUCGUAGCGACCCUAUACACAACAGAAUGAAACAGUAGCUGGUCCAGUACCAUUCUCACAAUCAUUGCUAUGUUUGAGGCUAUCUCACUGAGGGUCUUCCUCUCUUUCAUUGAGCCUCUACCAAGCGUGAUGGCUUUCUCCGGGUACUGGUCCCUCCUGAUAAUACGUCCAAAGUACCUGGGACAAAGUCUUGCCAUCCUUAAUUAUAAGGAGCAUUGUGUUUAUCCUUCUUUCAAGACAGAUUUGUUCAUGCUUCUGGCAGUCCAUGGUAUUUUUGGUAUUGUGGCGCAGCACCAUAAUUCAGUCAUAAAUUAUUGGGUCUUAUUCACUGUCAAGUUUUUGUGUGCACAUGACGCAAUUGAAAAUGCCAUAACUUGGAUCAGGCACACCUUAGUUUUUGUGGCUCUUAAGGUUGUGUGUCAUCUUGGCUGGGCCACGAUUCUCAGUAUUUGGCUGUUACAAUGUAGUUUGUCAGCCCUUAAAGGAUAUGGUCACUUCCAUGAUAAAAUUUGAUAUAACGUAAUCACCUCCAUGAUGGAAUCUGCUGUGCGUAGCCAAUCAGGUGAAUGGGAGUUUUCUUGUAAUGUGGCCUGCAUCAAGUAUAAGUGGACUUUCUGGCAAGGCUCGUGGGCUUUUGCUCACUUGAUUCUGCAGCUGGCUCCUGUUCCUCUAACCUCCGGUUCCUGGGACUUGGGCUAGCAGCUUAUCUCCAUUUUGCCUGCUAAUAUUGGGAUUCAUCUAUCUUUGCAGCCUGUGAGCCAGAGCCCUGCUGUCUGACUUGCCGAUCUUGAGUUUUCCAGCCUCUGAGGCUACGUGGGCUACACGAGUCAGGAAAAGCCUUCGACCUGACCCCUACACUUGGGACGUUCCAGCCUCUAAACUGCGUGAACCACUUCUUUGAUACAAAUCUCUCUCUCUAUGUAUAUAUUUAUAUGCUUUACUGGUUUUGCUUCUCUGGAAAACACAACCUAAGACAGCCUUCAAAGUGACAUCUUUGCUUUUUAACACUUUAAAGAGGUCCUUUGAAGCAGAUUUGCUCAAUGCAAUACAUAGUUUAAUUUCAUGGGUGCUGCUUCCAUGGGCGUUGAUUGUGGAUCCACAUAAAUGAAAUCCUUGACAACUUCAGUAUUUUCUCUGUUUAUCUUGAUGUUGCUUAUUGGUCCAGUUGUGACAAUUUCCAUUUUCUUUAUGUUGAGGUGUAUUCCAAACUGAGGACUGUAAUCUUUGAUCUACACCAAUAAGUGCUUUAAGUGCUCUUCGCUUUCUGCAAGCAAGGUUGUGUCAACUGUAUAUAGAAGACUGUUUGUGAGUCUUCCUCCAAUCCUGAUGCCACGUUCUUCUUCAUAUAGUCCACUUUCACGGAUUAUUUGCUCAGCAUACAGAUGAACAAAUAUGGUGAAAGGUUAAAACUCUCACAUGCACACUUCUUGAUUUUAAACCACACAACAUCUCCUUGUUCUGUGUGAAUGACUGCUCUUGUCUAAUUAUAGGUUCCCCAUGAACACAAUUCAGUGUUCUGGAAUUCUCAUUCUUCAAGAUCUUAUCCAUAAUUUUUUAUGAUCCCCAUAAUUGAAUGCCUUUGCUUAGUGAACAAAAUACAGGUAAACAUCUUUCUGGUAUCCUCUGCUUUCAUCCAAGAUCCUAAGAUAAAAUGCCAAAGCACAGACACUGGCUGACAUACACAGAGAAUCCACGAAUAAGUAAAUUUCUUAUUUCUGAGAAUCUGCUUAGCCAGAGUAGACUGUCCAGAGUUCUUCGAUAGCUUCCAAUGUAUCAGGUUGCACACGAAAGAGAAAACAAAAAGAAAAUUCAAAGACUUUUUUUCCCUCUCUUCUGCUUUCCUUUUUAAUUCCAAUUUUUAACUUUGUUCAGUUGGCAACACUGUAUCCCCUUUCUCCCUUGUUUAUGGAGAGCAAACUUCUGCAUGUUAAUUCAACCAGAUGUCUCUAAGUUGAAUGAGAGUUCGAAGGCUUCUAAUGGAGGAAGCAGAGAUGGAGGGGUCAUUCUUUGAACAUCUCAGAACAUUGUACCUGAGUUGACGAGGUAGAUGACUAAAGAAGGCAGAAAGUAUUUGGACAGGGGUUGAGAGGAGCAGCUGCUGAAACUUUUGGACAUGUUGAGUUUGAUACGCCUCUGAACUAUUGAAUUAGAGAUGGCCCGUAGAGUUUUGGGUAAUCAGAAUCUGGAGUUUAGUAGAGAGGGUUGAAAUAGAAAUGGAGAGACAUCAGCAUAUUUUUAAAACAGGAAAGUGGUUAAGAUCACUCAAGGAAAUCUGGAAUAGUUAGAAGGAGG